AACAUCAGCGGACACAACCUGGCCAAGCCCCCCUCGCUCACGCUGCAAAGAUGGCGAAGGUCAUCCGGAGAGAUCUUGAGCAGAAGCUAGCGGCGCUGGAAGGCGCCGAGUGGGACAGCAUGAGCGAGAGCGACCUCAGCGGCGGGGAGGCAUCCGAUGGCGAUGAGCUUAAGCCCCCGCCGCUUCCCCGACACGCUAAGAAGGCCGGGCGCAAGGGCAAGGGGGGGGGGUCGGUGGUUCCUGUGGGGCCUGCGGGAGAGCCCUCGGGCGUGGUUUACAUCGGGCACAUCCCGCACGGGUUUUACGAGGAGGCGAUGAAUGGCUUCUUCAAGCAGUUCGGGGACGUCAUCCGGGUUCGCAUCUCCAGAAGCAAGAAGAGCGGACGUUGCAAGGGCUACGCUUACGUGGAGUUCGCAUCUCCGGAGGUUGCCCAGAUCGUGGCCGAGACCAUGAACGGGUACUACCUGUUCGACAAGCAGCUGGUGUGCCGCGUGCUCAAGUUCGAGGAGAUACACCCCAACCUUUUCGACGGCGCAGGGGUGAAGUUUCGCAAGGUCAACUGGCACGGCCUCUACAGAGAGAAGUACAACGCCGACAGAACUCAGGUAAAGGACGAAAAACACACAGCCAAGCUGCUCAAAAAGGACAAGGCCAAGAAGGACAAGCUCGCCAAGCUCGGCAUCGACUACGAUUUCCCGGGGUUCGUGGCAACUCUAAAGGACCGGAACGUAGCGAAGGGACCUUUCCAAAAACCCAAAGGCGCCAAACAGAACAAAGAAAGCGCCAAGGUGGAAGACGGGAAGGGUGGGAAGGAGACUUGGGGGGGGCGGGGCGGGGAGGGGGCAUCGAACGCGAACGACAAGAGAUCAGCGGCCAAAGCAGAAGCGGCUGCAAAGGCGUCAUCAAAGGGGGAUGACGCACCCAGCGCGAAAAAGUCGAAGAGCUCGGCACAACCAGCAACAGUCGCAGCGAAAUCAACACCCAAGGCCAAGGGGAGCGCCAAGAUGCCCUCCAAGCCAACAGAAGCGGAGGAGAAAGACGUUGCCGCCGCCACUUCCAGCGGGAAAUCACUGGAGAGCGUCAAGGGCAAGAAGGGCUCCGGGAAAAAGGUCAAGGCCCCCAAGAUGCCUGAACCCACCGUCGUUGCUAGCGUAGGCUCGACGGGCAAGAAGAAGAAAGCCAAGUCGCCCAAGAGCGGCGGUGGUGCGGGCAAGAAGAGGCCCUUGGAGGAGGCGGAAGAAGCGACCCCCGCUGCGGCCUCGCCCGCCUCGACCAAGAAGCCCAAGAGCGCCAAGCGUUCCAAGGCAUGAUCCGAACGUCGGUGUAUGUAGCGAGAGAUACUGCUGAAGACUGAUGCGACGUUAGAGGGGUGCACUAUUCGGGGUAAAAUAGUACAUUUGUCUGGCGGGUACACUGUGUUGCUGUUUUGGUGAUUUUGCGGCAAAGUAAGCAAAGCAUUGCGUGCGGCCGACGGGUUUGCGUAGUGUGUCUCUCAACCCAAGGAGCAAGACGAGGGGAUUUCCCUCCAGUAGCAUGUGACCUUGUUGGUCGCGUUAAACACCGCAUCUCCGUGUGGAGGGGUUCGAAGCUCGAUUUCUCUGCUGCAGGAGCUGAGCGCGUUGGAACCGUCUCGUCGAGAGCUUUCCGCAUUCGCAUCGUUUUGAUUUGGGCAUCCUCUUGGUCGUGGAGUAGGCGGGCUUUGAAUUUCGUCGAAGGGGUGUGGUAUCUUGCGUCAAAUCACCUACGGUACAUUUGUCGGGACGCCUCCUUUCAUUUUUUGGAUACCCUGGCGUAGCUAGGUCAGCAGAUUCGUUGUGACUCUUCGCUUGUGGGACGGGUUGCAAUUUGUGUGCUUCACUUGAGUGCAGUCUACUCUCCACGGACGCCCUCUCUAGUCAGUGUAUCGGCGCACGCUCGUCGCCAAGGAAGGCUUGAUUUGAUGAGCGUGAACGGUUCAACUGGUGGUUCGCCUCUCUUGAGAAAUGAUUGUUUCGUUUGCUCGGUCAUGUCGGGAUGAAGCUGCGUGACUGUCCUCGAUUGGUGUGUUGAUGUAUGCUUACGCUAUGGCUUACCAGGUACAUACGCCCUCGGUGUGUCGCGGUUCAAGUUUGGUCUCGAUCGUUUCGUGUAUCGCUGACACGGCCAGCUAAGAGGAAAUAUUGUUGCGAUUCCCAUUGUGCAAGCGUGUCCUACUGCACCAUACCGCCUGUAAAGCCCAGGGAUAGGCGUCUAUGUUUUUCGCAAACAGGCCGCCUAGCAAGGUCGUUCUUGACUUUGCUUCCAAGACAGUUGUCAGGAAAAAAAUGCACUCGUCG